AUGGUUCUUUAUUUUGAGAAUAAACAUAAUUUCAACUUUGAUUUUGAAACAACAAGUUUGGCAUAUUUCAAUAGAUAUCCAAAUCCAUAUUCAAAACAUGUAUUGUCAAUAGAUACAAUAGAAUCAUUUGUGGAUUCCAAAGGUCAAUUAAAUACAACUAGAUUGAUUGUUAAAACAGGUAGAUUACCUAAUUUUAUUAAACCUUUCUUGGGGAAUAAUUUGAAUUCUUGGAUUAUUGAAAAAUCUGUAAUUGAUCCAAAUAAAAAAGUUUUAUAUUCAUAUACUUCAAAUCUUGAUCAUAGGAAAUUUAUUCGAGUAGAAGAAUUUUUAAAAUAUAAAAGUACUGGAUUAGAAGUGACUAGUUUGGAAAGUAAAGUUAAAUUUAGUUCGAAUUUGUUUGGAUUUAAAGAAAAAAUUGAAAAAUGGAGUCAUAAUCGAUUUUCUACAAAUAUGGAAAAAUCAAAAUUAGGAUUACAAUUUGCUAUGAUGAGAUUAAAAGAAAAAGGUGGAUUAUUUUCAAAGGAUAAAGUAGUUCAAUAUGUUGAUUAA